AUGAGUAAGACAGCGGAGCGUGAAGCGGUCUUGGCGGAAGCGGAUGCGAAGGUGGGUAGUGAGGUUGGGCAGGAUAAGGCGAAGGCUGGUGCACAGGAAAAUGAGGAGAAGGGUAAGGCGCGUGAUCGGAGGAUUGAGGCGACCGCCACUGCGGCGGAGGUGGAGAGGGGGAGUGCUGUGUUUGGGAUUGGUAUUGAAAUUGGGUGGCGGAGUAGGGCCAGGGUUGGCUUGGCGGCGGCGGAGGAACUGAAGGUGGUGGUCUUUGGUAGGGAUCCGCCGUGGACGGAGGCGGAGGCCUCAUGUAGCCGUGGGGAUGUUGAUAUUCCAUGCUUGAGAAUUUCGUGUGGGUUUAGGGGUUUUUGUCUCUUGGUAGACACUUCGAUGUUUAAUUGCGCAUAUGUCUAUGCGAGGCGAAAUUUUCAAUGGCAAAACGAAGGAGAUUUCUAG